AGCGUACAGCAAACCUGCAGGAUAUUGUAAAUAUUGCAGGUUAAAGCUGGUUUGAUUUUCCAGUCAAAACAUCACUCAGCUUGCGGCAAACUUUAUAUGAACUUAGCCUCCGUCAGACCCCUUCCUCUGCACAAUCUAGAGCUCAGUUUCAAACAGAAGCCUGGUCUCCACUGGCUUGCAUGCAGACGGAUAGCAAUUUUAGAUGCUGAAAACUCAAAACAAAUACAAAUUGUCACAAAGAAAGAGCAGCAGAAACAUCUCUCUUUCCUGUACUUUAUUUUAAAAAGGGGGAAACACACCUGCUGACCAGUCACAGCUACAUUAAAAUCUUAAGAUCUUUCACUUGAUUCCUAUGGGCCACUCUCUCCCCAUAUCUGCUACUGGGGGGGGGAAAGUUCUAUUGAAACCGAAACCCCUCCGAGUGCUUCAGUCUACAUUUCACAAGUCUGUGAAUAGCGGCGUUGAAAAGGAAACCGGAAGUGAGCGUUAUUGGUUUGUUUCCCUUCUCUCUAUGAUCUUAUGAUGAACAGGGGCGCCCGGAAGUGUUUUGUUAUUUGAUGUGUAAAGGCGCAGAGCCCGGCUGAGGGGCCAUGGCGGAUCCUACGGAGGAACUCGCAAAGCUUGAGUACCUCUCCCUGGUUUCCAAAGUCUGUACCGAGCUCGACAACCACCUGGGCAUCAACGACAAAGACCUGGCGGAAUUUGUGAUAAACCUCGCAGAGAGAAACACAGCCUUUGAUAUUUUCAAGGCAGCCUUGGUGAAGAAUGGUGCCGAAUUUACAGAUUCCCUCAUCAGCAACCUGCUGCGUCUUAUACAGACAAUGAGGCCCCCUGCAAAGCCUUCUACGAGCAAAGAUGCGGUUAAACCAAAAACAGAAAAAGAAAAGUACAAGGAGUUGUUUCCAGCCCUCUGUAGACCAGACAAUCCCAUUGUCAGGACAAUGCUGGAUGAAGAUGAUGUGAAGGUGGCUGCUGAUGCCCUGAAGGAGUUGGAAGCUUUGAUGCCGGCCGCAGGCAAGACGGAGAAACACCGAAGCAGUGAGGCCCAGACCAAGAAAAAGCGGAGGAGUCGCAGCCGCAGUAGAGAUCGGGAUCGAAAGCGGAAACGAAAAUCCUCCUCUCGUUCCCGGACGCGGGAGAGGAAUAAGGGUCAAUCCAGGUACCGCUCCAGAAGCAGAAGUCUCAGCUGGGACCGCAAGGAGCGGGAGAAGCCCAGGGAGAAGGGCAAUGACCGGUGGCGGGAUAAGCAUGUGGACCGGCCCCCACCAGAAGAGCCUUCCAUUGGGGACAUCUACAAUGGCAAAGUCACCAGCAUCAUGCAGUUUGGCUGUUUUGUCCAGCUUGAAGGACUCAGGAAACGCUGGGAAGGACUCGUCCACAUCUCAGAGCUGCGCCGUGAGGGGCGUGUUGCUAAUGUGGCUGAUGUGGUGAGCAAAGGCCAGAAGGUCAAGGUCAAAGUGCUGUCCUUCACUGGCUCUAAAACCAGCCUCAGCAUGAAGGAUGUAGAUCAAGACACGGGGGAAGAUUUGAACCCGAACCGACGUCGGAACCUCGUUGGAGAGGCUGAGGAGGCAGCCAUGAGAAACCCAGACCGGCCCACCCACCUAUCGUUGGUCAGCGCUCCCGAAGUGGAGGAUGAUACGCUGGAGCGAAAGCGCCUCACCCGCAUUUCAGACCCAGAGAAAUGGGAAAUCAAGCAGAUGAUUGCUGCCAACGUGCUUUCCAAGGAGGAGUUCCCUGACUUUGAUGAGGAAACGGGAAUCCUGCCAAAGGUUGACGAUGAGGAAGAUGAGGACCUAGAAAUCGAAUUGGUAGAGGAGGAGCCGCCAUUCCUGCGAGGUCACACAAAGCAGAGCAUGGACAUGAGCCCCAUCAAGAUUGUGAAGAACCCUGAUGGCUCCCUCUCUCAAGCGGCCAUGAUGCAGAGUGCACUAGCUAAGGAGAGGCGUGAACUGAAGCAAGCCCAGCGGGAAGCAGAGAUGGAUUCCAUCCCCAUGGGACUCAACAAGCACUGGGUGGAUCCCCUUCCAGAUGUGGAUGGGAGGCAAAUUGCUGCCAACAUGCGGGGGAUCGGCAUGAUGCCCAAUGACAUCCCUGAGUGGAAGAAACAUGCUUUUGGAGGCAAUAAAGCGUCUUACGGUAAAAAAACGCAGCUGUCAAUUAUUGAGCAGCGAGAAAGUCUUCCAAUUUUCCGGCUGAAAGAUCAGCUCAUCCAGGCCGUUCAUGAUAACCAGAUUCUGAUAGUCAUUGGAGAGACUGGUUCUGGGAAAACGACACAGAUCACUCAGUACCUUGCUGAGGCUGGCUACACCUCCCGUGGGAAGAUUGGAUGCACCCAGCCUCGCCGAGUGGCCGCCAUGUCUGUUGCCAAGCGGGUAUCGGAGGAGUUUGGUUGCUGUCUGGGACAGGAGGUUGGCUACACCAUCCGAUUUGAGGACUGCACUAGCCCCGAGACUGUCAUCAAGUACAUGACUGAUGGAAUGCUGCUACGAGAGUGCCUGAUCGACCCAGAUCUGACGCAAUAUGCAAUCAUCAUGUUGGAUGAAGCCCAUGAGCGCACCAUACACACUGAUGUGCUCUUUGGCCUCCUGAAAAAGACAGUUCAGAAGAGACAGGACAUGAAGUUGAUUGUGACGUCAGCCACUCUGGACGCAGUCAAGUUCUCUCAAUACUUUUAUGAAGCUCCCAUCUUCACCAUUCCAGGCAGGACUUACCCAGUGGAGAUUCUGUAUACUAAGGAACCAGAGACAGAUUACCUGGAUGCCAGCCUGAUCACAGUCAUGCAGAUCCAUUUGACAGAGCCACCAGGAGACAUCCUGGUCUUUUUGACUGGCCAGGAGGAGAUUGACACAGCCUGUGAGAUCCUCUAUGAGCGGAUGAAAUCCCUGGGUCCAGAUGUGCCUGAGCUGAUCAUCUUGCCUGUCUACUCAGCUCUGCCUAGUGAGAUGCAAACACGGAUCUUUGAUCCAGCUCCUCCAGGCAGUCGAAAGGUGGUCAUUGCCACAAACAUUGCUGAAACUUCGCUUACGAUUGAUGGCAUCUAUUACGUGGUAGACCCUGGCUUUGUGAAGCAGAAAGUGUACAAUUCAAAAACAGGGAUUGACCAGCUGGUUGUGACACCAAUUUCCCAGGCCCAAGCAAAGCAGCGAGCCGGGAGAGCUGGAAGAACAGGCCCUGGGAAAUGCUACCGGCUUUACACAGAGCGUGCCUACCGUGAUGAGAUGCUGACCACCAACGUGCCUGAGAUCCAGAGGACCAACUUAGCCAGCACUGUACUGUCACUGAAGGCUAUGGGAAUCAACGACCUGCUCUCUUUCGAUUUCAUGGAUGCCCCCCCAAUGGAAACUCUGAUCACUGCAAUGGAGCAACUGUACACCCUGGGAGCUCUGGAUGAUGAGGGGCUGCUCACCAGACUGGGACGCCGGAUGGCAGAGUUCCCCCUGGAGCCCAUGCUGUGCAAGAUGCUCAUCAUGUCAGUACACCUGGGAUGCAGCGAGGAAAUGCUCACCAUAGUCUCAAUGCUAUCUGUGCAGAAUGUCUUCUACCGACCCAAGGACAAGCAAGCUCUUGCUGACCAGAAAAAAGCCAAGUUCCACCAGACUGAAGGGGAUCACCUCACGCUUCUGGCCGUUUACAACUCCUGGAAGAACAACAAGUUCUCCAAUCCCUGGUGCUAUGAAAACUUUAUCCAAGCCCGCUCACUGCGCCGGGCCCAGGAUAUUCGUAAACAGAUGCUGGGAAUCAUGGAUAGACACAAGCUGGACGUAGUGUCAUGUGGAAAAGCAACAGUACGAGUCCAGAAAGCUAUUUGCAGUGGUUUCUUCCGCAAUGCCGCCAAGAAAGACCCCCAGGAGGGCUACAGGACAUUGAUUGACCAGCAGGUGGUCUACAUCCAUCCCUCAAGUGCCCUUUUCAACCGCCAGCCUGAAUGGGUGGUAUACCAUGAACUAGUGCUCACAACCAAGGAGUAUAUGCGGGAGGUCACCACCAUUGAUCCUCGCUGGCUAGUGGAGUUUGCCCCGGCCUUCUUCAAGGUCUCCGACCCCACAAAGCUGAGCAAGCAGAAGAAGCAGCAGCGCCUGGAGCCCCUUUACAAUCGCUACGAGGAGCCCAACGCUUGGAGGAUAUCACGGGCAUUCAGGCGCCGAUAAGCUCUUCUCCUUGUGUGCCGAGAACUGUUGUUGGACAUCCCACCGGCAGGCAUUCCGGUCUUGGGCAUACCCGGCCGUUACGACAAUUUGCUCUUUAAAUCUCAAGAUGCGGGGUGCAGAGAGGUAGGGAAAGUGCAGCUUUUAAAGACACAGCCACCAUGUGAUUGGCCUCAUGGCUGAUCUCAGAGACACUUUAUAUCUUGGUUAGACAUUUUCCUUUUGUUCUGCUUCUGUUCUGUCCGUGGGUGAAACAUUGCUGUGUAAUGUUAAGCCUGCUUGAUGACGGAAGGGCCUCCUGGAAUUAAGGUUUGUAUGCUGCCCAGAAUGAGAAUGGAAAAGGAACACUGAAGUUUGCUUGUGAUAUCUCCCCUUUGGAAUGGCUGUAUUUUUUUAAAGCCACCCACUGGCAGCACAGUUGAACGGCUGUGCUUUUGGAGGAAAUGAGAAGAAUACCCAGGACCUAAUAUGAGUGGCCUUGCUUGGCCGUGGUCUUCAGGUGUGCUGUAAUGCGAUUGUCCAGUUUCUUUCAGAGCCCACACAGCCUACAAGAUGUUGUUGGUGUAAUGCAUACUAACUUCUUUAGAAAGAAAAAGAAAGAAAUUCACUGACUCAGAAGCAACAAUCCUGUGUUUCAUCAAAUCUCCCCAAUUUUAAGAAAAUAAAAAGCAGGUGACAGUGUUGACUGUA